CAGAGUGCGGCAGUUGUUCGAUCAGAGAAACAUCGAGUAUAAAGGUGAGGCAACUCCGCGAAAUUUACUGCAAUGUAUAGUGUGCUGUAGGUACUACUUAGAAUUGUUAGCUGCCUUUUUGUAAUUUUCGAGCCUCUGUGAAAUCCUUCAUUUGAACAAUGUUAAUCACAACCGUCUGCCGGGUGUCUGUGGCACCUUCUUUGCAACCUCUGCGUAAGAGAUGCCUGUCAAUGAAACAGUGUUCACCAAAGAUUCAAAUUGUACGCUGUUUUUCAAAUGAGAGUCGAAAUACAUUUAGUGAACGCCUUGCAAGGAGGCGGUCGUUAAAAGAGAAAUUACUGGCGCCAGCUGGAGAAACUGCUUUCAAUAUUGGCAAAGGAGCUGUAGCAGGAGGAGCGGCACUGGGGUUAGGAGCACUCUGUUUCUAUGGCUUGGGACUAUCGAAACAAACUGGAGCUAUUGACCAUGCUACAUUUUGGCCAGAAUAUGUGAAGCAGAGAAUUAGAGAUACAUACAUGUAUUUUGGUGGUUCUAUAGUGGUGACUGCUGCAAGUGCUGCUGCAGCUCUGCGGUCUCCCAGAGUCAUGAGUUUGGUCACAAAGAAUUCAUUUGGUGCAAUUGCUUUGUCAUUUGCAGCACUUAUUGGAACCAACGUAAUUGUUCAAAGCAUCCCUUAUCAGAAAGGUUUCGGAGUGAAGCAGAUGGCUUGGCUUGCACAUUCUGCUGUGUUGGGUGCUUUCAUCGCUCCUAUUUGUUUUGUUGGUGGGCCAGUGCUCAUAAGGGCUGCUUGGUACACAGCAGGUGUGGUUGGCGGACUCUCUACCGUGGCGGUUUGUGCACCAAGUGAAAAGUUCUUGAUGAUGGGAGGUCCCUUGGCCAUUGGUCUUGGAGUAGUGUUUGCAUCAUCAUUAGGUACCAUGUUUCUACCACCAUCUACUGCACUGGGUGCAGGCUUGUAUGCCAUCAGCAUGUAUGGUGGUUUACUUCUCUUUUCUGGAUUUUUGCUGUAUGAUACUCAGCGAAUAAUAAAACUUGCUGAAGUUUACCCCAUAAAUUCAGCUCGUCCAUAUGACCCAGUAAAUGCGUCAAUCUCUAUUUAUCUAGAUACAGUGAACAUCUUCAUACGAAUUGCUAUGAUUCUAGCUGGUUCAGGAAGCAACAGAAGGAAAUAAUGAAGAUCAAACUAAAUUCUAUGUAAAAUAAUCUUUGUAAUUGAUUUAAAUUGGUACUUCAUUUCCUUAAGUUAUUGUGUAACUUCUUAUUACCUAAUAAAAACUUAAAAAUUGCAACAGGACAA